AAAGAGUUGAACAGUUGAUGAGCACUAUACAAUUCUUGGAUUUAUAAGUCAAAAUAAUAUUUUAAACGAGAAGUGGAAUUUGUCACCUCGUUAAGCCAGGCUGAUCGCCGUUAAAUCUUUUCAGCUACUCAAUCUAAUAGUACUAGUAUUUACCCCCAAAUCCAAUUCCCCAUUAUAGCUUAUACUAAAUUUAGUAAUAAUUUAAAAAGGAAAGAAUGAGGAAGAGGACUAAAGGACUUACCUCUUUGGCGCUGUAAAUUGAAACGGGUGGCUAACUGCUAGCCACGACUGCAAGAGCUAUUCGGGCAAGGCAGCGCAGAACAAAGUGUUCCAAAGCUCAAAAUCUCCAUGUUAUACUUCCAUCUUGCAGAGAUAAUCGAGGAAUUAGAUCAAAUUCUUAAGGGGUUUUCUGAUUCAGAGCAUUUCGUUUGCACAAUUUUCCGCGCAUGAUUAUUCCCAAAAAAAAAUUGUGCUGAAGUAAAGGAUGAUUGAGCAGAAAUGGGGUGCUUGAGGCUCGUGAAAUAGUACUUUUUGGACCCAUGAAAGUUGCACCAUCUUUUGUAUUAAGAACUUCACAUUCUUCAUCAACAUAUAAUGGAUGUGUUGGUGGUGGUGGCUCUGGUGGAUUAUGCCAUUGCAGUUAUUCUUCCAUUAUUAUGGCCAAAAAGGGUAAAAACCCUCAGCCCUCUUCUUCUCCCAAGGGAGCAGACCUCCCACCUCCUAGAAUUACAACAAACUUGAAGCAGAAUUUACAGUUUUUGAGAUUGUGGAAGGAAUUCCAAAAGAGAAAAUCAGGCACACCAAAGCCUGCCACUAGUUAUCGCAGAAAGAAGGUAGAAAAAGAGGAGAUUCCGGAAGAAGAAGCACUCUAUCGUGAUCCAACUUUGACCCUUUACUAUACCAACCAAGGCUUUGAUACAGCAGUUCCUGUUUUGCUUGUGGAUGGCUAUAAUGUUUGUGGGUAUUGGCCGAAGUUGAAGAAGCAUUUCAUGAAUGGAAGACUUGAUCUUGCUCGACAAAAACUUGUUGAUGAACUCAUUACAUUCAGCACAUUGAGAGAGGUAAAAGUGGUCGUUGUAUUUGACGCCAUGAUGUCAGGUCUGCCAACACAUAAAGAAAGUUUUGCUGGAAUAGAUAUCGUGUACUCCGGUGAAACCUGCGCUGACACUUGGAUUGAAAAAGAGGUCGUGGCUCUGAGAGAAGAUGGUUGCCCGAAAGUUUGGGUUGUCACCUCAGAUCGUUGUCAUCAGGAUGCUGCACAUGGUGCGGGAGCUUUUGUUUGGAGCUGCAAGGCUUUGGUCUCUGAGAUAAAAACUUCACAGAAGGAAAUGGAGAUGAUGCUCCAGGAACAAAGAUCCUCGUCAAUGCAAGGGAAGCUGUUGAAGCAUAAUCUUGAUUCGGAGGUAGUGGAUGCACUCAAGGAUCUCAGAAACAAGCUGUCUGAGAACGGGACAGGCAUGUGACUAACGGAGCAAGGAAACGAUAUUCUUCAGUGCUCCCUGAAAAAUCUAACUCACCCCCACAUUCUUUCUGUUGUACAUUAGUAUCAUAUAUUUGUUUGAUUUGGAUUCAAUGCAGUGUAACAGAAAGCUAAUUUAACAGUUUAUUUGAAUUCCUUUCAAAUGUUGCUUGUUUAAAGCCUUCAUGCGUUACUGGCAUACCUUUGAUAUAUUUAUUAUUGGGCUUAGUAGCUCCAUUUGCACUGGGC